GCUUUAUCUCUGACUGUCCGUCCCAUCAUCCACUGUGGCACCAGCUCCCUCUGCCAGCCUGGAUGGAGACAGCCAGAGCUAGAGAGGUGAUGGUAACCAUAGCCCGGACUGAGAGAAGGAGACUGGGCCUCUAGCUGCCAACCAGGUGAUGGAGACACCAGGCCAUGAUAAACAUCCUCGGAGCCCUAACAUUGAUCUUCUGACCUGACCUUGUCUGACCAAGCCAUGUCCCAACAAGCCUCAGUGGACAGGGGGCUGCCCCCAGAUGUGCUGGCAGAGCAGGUGGAGCUAUGGUGGUCUCAGCAGCCCCGUCGCUCCUUGCUCUGUUUCUCCGUGGCCGUGGGCCUUGUGGCCGGCUGUGGGGCAGGCGGUGUGGCACUGCUGUCCUCCACCAGCAGCCGCUCUGGCGAAUGGCGAUUAGCUGUGGGCACUGUGCUCUGCCUGCUGGCCCUGGUGGUUCUGGUGAAGCAGCUGGUGAGCUCUGCCGUGCAGGAUAUGAACUGUAUACGCCAGGCCCAGCACGUGGCCUGGCUGCGCAGCGGCGGAGGGGCUGAUGCUGUUGUAGUAUUGCUCAGUGGCUUUGUGCUGCUGGUCACUGGCCUGACCCUGGCUGGACUGGCUGCUGCCCCGGCUCCAGCUCGGCCACUGGCUGCCAUGCUGUCUGUGGGCAUUACCCUGGCUUCCUUAGGCUCAGUCUUGUUGCUGGGUUUGCUGCUGUAUCAGGUGGGUGUGAGUGGACACUGCCCCCCGAUCUGUACAGCUGCACCCUCCACCCAAAAUGGCCACAGUGGUAACAGCAGCAUCUUUAGCAUCUCAGGACAAUUGUCCUCUGGCCAGCGUCAUGAGACCACCUCCAGCAUUGCCAGCCUCAUCUGACAGAGAUGGAGCCCUUCUUCCUAUGACCCGACUCGGUGUCCCCAGAACUUGUGACAUGCACAGGUGCAUGCAUAUAUGUAUGCCUCCCUGCCAUGGGAUUGCAUAGUAUGAGAUUAGGAGCUCAUGUGUAGCCACACAUCCACACCAUGAGAAGGUGAGUGAUGGAUGCCUCCUUGGGGCUGAAUGCUUGUGUCUGUGGACUGUCUUGCUCUCUGCCUGGUUCUGGGGUCUCUAGGCACAUCUGGAAUUCCUGAAGAUUUGACCUAUAUUUCUAAGACCCUACAACUCCAGCCUUGCCCUAUGACAUCAUCCAGGGUCUCCACAUAAGUGACCAUUGCACACCCAUGAACAGACCAGUGAUUGUUCUUCAGAGAGAGUGACUUUUGACAAAGCAGAGGGAAAUGGCUCCCUGAUGAGAUGGACCUGGACCGGAAAUGCCUUUGAGCUUAUCACCUAGCAGCUGGGGCCUGGGUGAGGUGACUUAGCCUCUCUUGCUCAGUUCUCAGAACAGUGUCGCCAUUGAUUUGUUAGGAUUAAGUGCUGUCCUCAAUGAGAUGACUGGACUCCUGGCAAAUGUGCAAUAAAAAGGUGUCUACAGUCGUCUUUAC